AUGGAUCUUGAAAUUCUCUUUGAGUCGAAUAUUGGUACCAUUACAAUAACGAUAGUGCUUCUGACUGGAGUAACAAUCUGGUCUCUUUUCUUCUCCGGCCCGAAAAAGUUCAACUAUCCCAUCUAUGGCGCCGAAGAUGAGAAGCCAAGCAGUUUGAUGCGCAAAUUCCAACAUGAGGCGGAUAUUCUUCUAGUCGAUGCUUACAAGAAGUUUCGGGGCGGUAUUUUCCAGCUCUAUACGCCGGAUGGAGUUCGGCUGUUUCUGCCUCGAAAGUAUGCGCAAGAACUCAAGGGGUAUGAUCGGGAGGAGCUGAGUGGUAUGAAAGCGCUAGCUGAUCGCCAUUUGGGCCAAUAUACUACCAUCGAUCAUGAAAGCCCAUACAUGUUGAAUGCCAUCAAGCUUGACCUGAACCAAAAAUUAGGACAGUUCGUUACCGAUGUUCAAAAUGAGGUUGCUCACGUUAUUGAUGCUACAUUUCCUACUUGCGAAGAUUGGACGCCUGUCAAUCUGAACAACCUACUCCUUCGAAUCAUCUCUCAGGUAUCAGCCAGAAUCUUUGUUGGUCCGUCCCUAAACCGCAAUAAGGAAUGGCUAGAUUUGAGCGAGAAAUUCGCAACAGAUGUCAUGAUCGGAGGCGAAAAGCUCAAAGGCUGGCGUCCAAUUCUUCGUCCAAUUGCGCAGUACCUCAUUCCGGAGGUUCGGAGAAUUCAAGCAGAUCAUGAAGAAGCAUAUCAAAUGUUGCGUCCUGUUUUGGAGGCGAGAGAUAGGGCUGAAGCUGAAUUAGGGUAUGAAUACAAGAAGCCAAACGACAUGCUUGAAUGGAUCAGAACCAGAGCUACGAAGAACAACGACAAAUCAGUGGACUAUAGAGAGCAGGCAAACAUACAAUUACUGACAGCAACCGCCGCUAUACACACAACCCGGCUCGCUACACUUCACGUCCUUUUUGAUUUGGCUGCUAGACCGGAGUAUAUAGAUCCUCUCCGAGAAGAGCUACGGGAGGUUCUUUCCGAGACGAAUGGUGUUUUGACAAAGCAAACCCUUACGCACCUGAAAAAACUCGAUAGUUUCAUGAAAGAGUCUCAACGACACAAUCCUCCAUCAUUGGCAACGUUCCAGCGCAAAGUUUUAAUUCCUAUCAAGCUAUCCAAUGGCCUUGAGCUGCCCGUGGGCGUCAUUGUACAGUGCAAUACAGGUGUUCUUGACGAAGUGCCUGAGAGUUGGGGUGAUCCACAUGCAUUUGAUGGAUUCCGCUUCUACAGACUAAGGAGGAAGCCCGAGGAUGCGCACAAAUAUCAGUUUCCUAGCAUUUCUCUUGAAUCUAUGGAGUUUGGUCUCGGCAAGGAUGCAUGCCCGGGACGGUUCUUUGCCACGAAUCAAAUCAAGAUCAUUCUUGCGCACCUAAUUUUCCAUUAUGACAUCGCUUUGGAGAAGCCUGAAGCCGGACGACCAAAGAACUUCAUGUUUGAAGUCAAUGUUCUAGCGGACCCAACAGCUAAGUUACUGUUGAAACGAAGGAACUAG